CAACAGCCGUCAAGCGAUAAAUCCCCCCCCAGCACGCCGAAUGUACUUCUGGUUGUCCGUGUUCGCCCUCUCAGCAUUACUGGUAAUGUUGACGUUCCGGUACCGAGCUGCGCUCCUCAACCCCGUGCGGUCGUUCUUCCCGCGCCUCGGGCACUACCAGCCCGUGGCGACGUUCGCGGAGCAGGUCGACGCCGGCCUGACGUCCUCGACGUUUGACAUCGAGGCGAACAUCCGCGACGGCGACUCCAGGGCUGGCCUCGACGAGCGCGGCACUCAGGAGGUGCUGGACAUCAUGCGCCGGGAGCGGGUAAACUUUGACCAGGCUCGGUUGAUCCGGCAGAACCAGUGGCUUGCGGCCAACGGCAUCGAUCCCUCAGGGAUGCCGCUGGACGCAAAGGCUGUAACGCGCCUAUGAUUGACCUGGUCCUUUCCCUUUUCAUCAUCUUAAUUCCUCCCGCUCACCUUGCUAUCGUUGUGUUCUGCGAUCCGACCGUUUCUCUUUCUCUACUUGUUGUUUUUGCUCGCAGUUUCCUCGCAUACAGCGGUGCUCGUCGCGUCUGCAAAUAGCCCACAUUCCUUGUUGUUGCUUUCUGUUUCUUUACCUCGCACCUCCUGGGUUCCGUGUAGCAGUCCAGUCCCAUCUGUACCAUCAUCAAUAUAGCCGCUGUUGCCGUGAGGCACACAAGUACUUGUGCUCAAUCGGCCUUCGUUCAAGCUGGACUCCGUCGGUAUCGAUGGUCUUGGAGGCGUGUGCCACGAUCCGCAGCGGUCAAGUCGGUGAGGAAUAUCCUCGCGAGUAUCGUGUGUCCACCUUGCAUCUCCUAUCGCGGUCUAUACAGAUGGGGUCGCUGGGGACCCCUUUGUAUCAUUAGUCUGUAACUCUUGUAUCCGCGUCCGCUGAUAGCGCACUCCGAGAUCGGCAUCAACCAUUCACUAAGCUACUAGUAAAACAAAGGCAGUCGAAAGCGCUUUAGCAUGGCACAGCGGCGCCUUCAUCAAAGGAUGCUCGCCGCAGGUACCGGCCAUUCAACCUCUCCGACUACGCACUAAGCAUGCAGCUCGAUGACACACCAAGUGAGCAAGCGGGCAGAGAUCACCCAAAACGGCGAUACGACGUCGCCGAAUUGUUCCUCCCCGAGCACUUGCGCCUGGGCGCGGACAACUGGCCCGAGUUCGGAUUCGCGAUCGAGACCGUCCUCCGCCUGAAAGGGAUUCCGCUCGGGCACCUGCGGUGCGCCGGGUGUCCGUCGGGAUCGGCACGCCCCCGGAUGCCUGGUCCAGUCGACGGAGCCGACGGGGACGGGUGGGCGGCGGACGACGAGCUCUGCAAGACGUUGCUCGUGCUCAAUGUCAGGAGCGACCACGUGCGGCUGGCGGGGCGGGCGCACGACGGGUGGACUGCGGCGCAGAUGUGGGCGUUGCUCGUGCGACGGCACGAGGAGAGCGAGCGGGAGCGGGAGAGAAAGGUCGCGUGGCUGCAGUGCGUCGGGGUUUUGGCUCCAUGGGUGUUCCUUGCGGUUGUGUGUACUGCGUCGCUUUUGGGUGCAUGAUCCGUGUUGUCGCUUCAUAGCUGUUGGUAAGCCUGGUUUUGCAAACAUUCC